AUGAAGACCGGCCUCCUGGUGAAGCAUCCGGAGGAUUCUCCAUUGAUGGUGGGGUUCCGCAAAUUCCUGGAGGCCUCCUAUUCAACCUCCUUCAUCAACCAUCAGGUGCCCUGCGUGGCGCGGUACCUGUACUUCAUGGACCCCAGGGAAGUGUCGGUGAAGUGUAUCUACAACAUCCGGAAGACGGUGGAAUUCUUUGUGCAGCUCAACGCCCUGAACACCAGCAAACCCACGGCCCGCAAUUACCUGGAGAGCAUCAAGAGCUUCGUGAAGUACGUGGCUUCUGAGGAGCAGUUCCUGGAGGAGGACCCGGCUCUGCCUCACGCCGUGGAGAAGUUCUUCACCGCCGCAAAAUACAUUCUCAUCGGAAUCCGGAGAAGAAAAGUCCCGACACAACCCGGGAAAGAAAAUCACGCUUGUACCCCGGAGGGGUGUCAGAGGUUGCUGACCACCGUCAAGCCGUACUUUCUGAGUCUGAUUAUUAGGGUGAAAUCGAUGGGCGACCUGGAGGACCGGGACUACAAUGCGCUGUGUAAUUAUCUGGUGGCCCUUCUCAUCCUCCAACACCUACAGAGUCCUACGGUGGUCCGGGAUAUGACGGUCCAUCAGUGGCUGCUGAGGUCCCACCUUACAGUUCAGGUGGGCGAGGAGGCCAUUGAAGUUGCUGUCAUCAGGGUGGAGCAGAGGACGGCGGAGAUGAGGCAGAUCGCUAUAAUCGCCUUAGAGAAACAGGAGGAAAUGUGGUUCGACACGUUCUUCAGGAAGGUCCGCCCCGUCUUCAUGAAGAACGUGAACAAAGGAGAAGACCACUUCUUCGUAGCCACCAAUGGCGGGAAAAUUAAGAACCUGACCUACAACCACAAGAAGUUCCAUGAAAGGUUCCAUCUUCCGGAGGUGAAGGUCCAGCAGGUGAGGAAAGUUUUUGAACAAUGCUGCUUGUCUCGUUGUAACGACGAAGAGCAACAACUGCUGCGAAAACACCUGAGGCUCUCACCGCAAGCGGCCAAACCCUCCGAGACGGACCUGGUGCGGGCGGCUGUGUUAUGGUGAGCAGGAUGCAGAGACAUUGGGCCCCUCCGGCCUCCAGUUUCCCUUCCGGGGACGCAGACCUCCAGGGGCCGAGGGGUGACAGGUGAGGACAGCAGUGCCGACGUGGCCCUCUCGUGGGUGAGAAGGAGAUGUGUUUUAAGAAGACUGAAGAUGCCUAUCCUGUCAGCAUUAACCGUGCUGGCCCAGGCACCAAGGCCUGUAAGAGAAUAUCCAAGGCGCACGGCGCGUACUGCUAUAAACGCUGGAGGGCGCAGCAGUACAGAAUGCGGAUGGAUGAUGUCAUCGGACGCUUCAAAAGGAGCCUACCAACAGAAGAACAGAUCCAGUCCUACAUUAAGGUGCAAGGCUGGAAGGUCAAUGUCCCGAAAGUCCAGGAUAUUCUGGAGAACUGGAAGCCCAGCAUAGAUCGAGAUAAGGCGGAUCUUACCAAAGAAAUAGAAAGGCUGGUGGACUCCCAGGACUGGAAAGGACUGGCCAUCGUGGAGGACAGAGUUGGGAACACCGGAGAGACGCUCAUCACUACUCUGCCUUUCCAGAAAGGAGACGUUGUGUGUGACUGCCAUGGAGCCGUGGUGAGCCAUGAACGAGGAGAGGAGAUUUUGAACUCCAUCGCUCCGGGAGAGAUGUGCUACUUGUAUUUCUUCAAGGACAAAAAACAACAGAAGAGGCUUUGCAUCGACGCCCAAAACGUCCCAUGUCCCUGCCACCCCAGACUGUCCACCUACGGCAGAAAGAUAAACCAUUCCAAGAAGAAGCCGAACCUCAAACCCGAAGUGAGAUAUCUGAAGAACGGCACCUCUCCCGUGAUACUGUUGAUAGCCAAGGAGGACAUCGAUGUGGGAACUGAGCUCACCUUCGACUAUGGAGUGACCAUGCACACUCAACAGAAACAUACGGCACAUCAGCAAGUGACACUCAAUUCUGGGCAUGAGCCAUCCAGGCCAAUAGAACAGGUCUCGCAUGUUCCCCAGGAGAUGGAGCGGGUCUCGCAUGUUCCCCAGGAGAUGGAGCGGGUCUCGCAUGUUCCCCAGGAGAUGGAGCGGGUCUCACCUGUUCCCCAGGAGAUGGAGCGGGUCUCGCCUGUUCCCCAGGAGAUGGAGCGG